UAUGCUUAACUGAACCAUACCAUAAAAAAGGCUAAGGCAUAAUUGCAGCUAUGGCGCUACUGCUUUCAACUUCAACAGCAUCAGCUACUUCUCAUUUAUCUUUGAAUUUCACCUUUGAAACAAAGCAUAGUUUCUUGGUACCACAACUCAAAUUUACAGGUUAUACUCAAAAAUUCAACAAGAAAAGAUGUCAGCAAACAGUUCCUUUCAUGGUUUUAUCUGUAAUAAAGGGUACUCAAUCAAGAACCAAAAGGAUAAGUGACAGAAGUAGUAAUAGUAGCAGUAGUAAUUCAAGAAAAGAUAGUAACUUUAAGCUCAUAUUGAGUGAAGGGAGAGAUAAUGAUGAAAAUUAUGGAUGUAUAUGUCCUGGUUGUGGAAUCUUUAUGCAAGAUGAAAACCCAAAUCUUCCUGGUUAUUAUAAGGAAAAAAGAGUGGAAGAAGAUAUAGAGGAUUUUUUGGAUGAUGAGGAUGUUGUUGGUGAUGGGGAUGAUGAAAAGGAGGAUGAAUUUGAGGAUUAUAUUGAGGGGAAAUUGGAAGAAAGUGAAGGUGAAGAAAUGGGGUCAGAGAGUGAAGAUGGAUUCGAUGCUUGGGAUUCAGAGUUGGAAGAAGAUGACGACUAUUUAAAAGAGCUAGAUGGUUUUUUGCCAGCUGGUUUAGGUUAUGGUAACAUUACAGAAGAGGUUCUUGAGAAAGGAAAGAAGAAAAGGGUGUCGAAAUCGGAGAGGAAAAAGAUGGCGAGGGAAGCAGCUAAGGGAGAGAAAGAGGAGGUCACGGUUUGUGCUCGAUGCCAUUCAUUGAGGAACUAUGGACAAGUGAAGAAUGAGAUGGUCGAAAACCUAAUACCCGAUUUUGACUUUGACCAAUUGAUUACUACUAGAUUGAUGAGACCUACCGGGAGAGCCGAUGCCACAGUUGUAGUUAUGGUGGUUGAUUGUGUUGAUUUUGAUGGUUCCUUUCCGAAACGAGCUGCUAAAUCUUUGUUUAAGGCACUAGAACAAAGCAAAGAUGGGUUGAAACAAAGUAAAAAGUUGCCUAAGCUUGUUCUUGUGGCUACAAAAGUUGACCUUCUCCCUUCACAAAUUUCCCCCGCGCGUUUGGACAAAUGGGUUCGACACCGUGCUAAAGCUAAUGGAGCACCUAAGUUAAGUGGAGUUUACAUGGUAAGUUCCCGUAAAGAUUUAGGUGUUCGAAAUUUACUGGCAUUUAUUAAAGAAUUGGCUGGUCCUCGAGGAAAUGUGUGGGUUAUUGGGGCCCAAAAUGCAGGCAAGUCGACGUUAAUCAACGCAUUUGCUAAAAAAGAAGGUGUAAAAGCAACUAAGCUUACAGAAGCUCCUGUACCUGGAACUACUCUGGGAAUACUGAGAAUCGGAGGAAUAUUGUCAGCCAAGGCAAAGAUGUAUGAUACUCCGGGCCUUUUACAUCCUUAUCUUUUGUCCAUUCGAUUAAAUAGGGAGGAGCAAAAAAUGGUUGAGAUACGAAAGGAGCUGCAACCUCGAACAUUUAGGAUUAAGGCAAGGCAGACAGUACAUAUUGGAGGCUUAGUUAGACUGGAUUUGGUUCAAGCAUCAAUAGAAACAAUCUAUGUCACUGUCUGGGCAUCACCAAGUGUUUCUCUUCAUUUAGGGAAGACUGAAAAUGCUGAUGAGCUCAAAAACAACCACGCUGGUGUGAGAUUGCAGCCUCCUGUUUCCGUGGAGCGGGUUUCUGAAUUGGGACAAUGGCAAAAGCGGGAAGUCAAAGCACGCGGAACAAGCUGGGAUGUCAAAAGCAUGGAUGUGGCUGUCGCUGGCUUAGGAUGGUUCUCCCUUGGUUUGAAAGGCGAAGCAGAUUUAGCGCUGUGGACAUAUGAUGGCAUUCAGAUCACAUUGCGGGAACCAUUGGUACUUGAUCGUGCAAGCUCUAUCGAAAGACCUGGAUUUUGGCUGCCGAAGGCUAUAUCAGAGGCCAUUGCUAACCGAUCAAAGAUUGAAGGUCAAGAACUUUCAGAAGCAACUGACUAAAAGAGGUAGCUGAGUCAAUUUGCUUGUGAACAUUUCUAGUGUACAAGGCCUUGUACGCGACUUAAAAUAUGGUUACUUGAGUAGUGUAGGAAAUGGGCAGGUUGAAAACGGGUUAGACUAGAACACAUAAGAGUCCCUUAUGAAGGAAACCAAAUGAAAACAAGAGGGAGAGAACACUUGUGCCAUUAUAGUGUAUGCACACACGUACGUGAAUUGGGAAAUAGGAAGAGUCAAGAUUCCUUCUUGUUUUCAUGUCUCUCUUGUAAUUAAACACUUGUGAGUUUUAACUGAGGCUGAUUCAGGAUUUGAAGUUUA